AUGCCCGACGUUGCCGCGCCUUCGUUUGCCCCAAGUGGCCCGGAGAAGACACUCGGCGCUGAAGUAGCUUUCUCUCCAGUUUCCGGCCAGGUACGCUCCGAUAUUCGACAGUCUCCUCAGGCAGCCACCCAAUGUGCUUCUGGCAUUCAAAAGAGACUGCAGGAUUGA